AUGAAAGAUACACUCACUCUUUUACUAUGCGGCAACGCAAGUGGUGAUUUCAAGGUCAAGCCACUGCUUGUUUACCAUUCCAAUAAUCCGAAGAGGAUCGUCAGAAAGAUUUCCCGAUCUUUCCUCGUUCUCCAUUUCUUAUCUCCCUUUCAUAGAGGAUUCCCCUUUCCUCGUUACCCAUUUCUUUGGGCUUCCCUUUCUUUUGAGACAGAGUUUCCCCUUUCCUCCUCGUUAUCCAUUCUUAUUGUCCCAUUUCAAAUUGAGGGACUUCCCCUUUCCUCGUUCCCGAUCAUUUCAUUGUCCCCAUUUGGAAGGAAAAAUCAGAUUACAGAGUUCCUCGUUCUCCAUUUCUUGUCCCUUUCAGACGGUGUGGUGGUUAUAAACCUCGUUCCACAAGUCAUUGUCCCCGAGCGCUUGAGAGGAUGUUCCCCUUUCUUCGUUCCCUAUUUCUUGUCCCCUUUAAUAGAGAGGAGUUCCCUUUCCUCGUUCCCCAUUUCUUAUAAACUUAAGAAAAAGGAGUUCCCUUUUCUCGUUCCCCAUUUCUUGUCCCCUGUCAUAGUAAGUUUUAACGAGUCCAUGUUGUUUAACAUUUUUUGUCCCCUUUCCAGGAAGUGGAUGUUCCCCUUUCCUCGUUCUCCAUUCCUUGUCCGUACUUUCCAUGAGGAGUCCCCCUUUCCUCGUUACCCAUUUCUUGUCGCCUUUCAUAGAGAGGAGUUCCCUUUCCUCGUUCCCCAUUCCUCGUCCCCUUUCAUAGAGAGGAGUUCCCCUUUCCUCGUUCCCCAUUUCUUGUCCCCAUUCAUAGAGAGGAGUUCCCCUUUCCUCGUUCCCCAUUUCUUGUCCCCUUUCAUAGGGAGGAGUUCCCUGUUCCUCGUUCUCCAUUUCUUGUCCCUUUUCAGAGAGGGAGUUCCUCUUUCCUCGUUCCCAUUUCUUGUCCCCUUUCAUAGAGAGGAGUUCCCUUUCUUCGUUCCCCAUUUCUUGUCCCCUUUCAUAGAGAGGAGUUCCCCUUUCCUCGUUCUCCAUUUUCUUGUUCCCUUUCAUAGAGGAGUUCCCUUUCCUCGUUCCCCAUUUCUUGUUCCCUUUCAUAGAGAGGAGUUCCCCUUUCCUCGUUCUCCAUUUCUUGUUCCCUUUCAUAGAGAGGAGUUCCCCUUUCCUCGUUCCCCAUUUCUUGUCCCCUUUCAUAGAGAGGAGUUCCCCUUUCCUCGUUCCCCAUUUCUUGUCCCCUUUCAUAGAGAGGAGUUCCCCUUUCCUCGUUCUCCAUUUCUUGUUCCCUUUCAUAGAGAGGAGUUCCCCUUUCCUCGUUCUCCAUUUCUUGUCCCCUUUCAUAGAGAGGAGUUCCCUUUCCUCGUUCCCCAUUUCUUGUCCCCUUUCAUAGAGAGGAGUUCCCUUUUCCUCAGAGGAGUUCCCUUUCCUCGUUCCCCAUUUCUUGUCCCCUUUCAUAGGGAGGAGUUCCCCUUUCCUCGUUCCCCAUUUCUUGUCUCCUUUCAUAGAGAGGAGUUCCUCUUUCCUCGUUCCCCAUUCCUCGUCCCCUUUCAUAGAGAGGAGUUCCCCUUUCCUCGUUCUCCAUUUCUUGUCCCCUUUCAUAGAGAGGAGUUCCUCUUUCCUCGUUCUCCAUUUCUUGUCCCCUUUCAUAGGGAGGAGUUCCUCUUUCCUCGUUCUCCAUUUCUUGUCCCCUUUCAUAGAAUGGAGUUCCCUUUCCUCGUUCUCCAUUUCUUGUCCCCUUUCAUAGGAGGAGUUCCCCUUUCCUCGUUCCCAUUUCUUGUCCCCUUUCAUAGAGAGGAGUUCCUCUUUCCUCGUUCUCCAUUUCUUGUCCCCUUUCAUAGAGAGGAGUUCCCUUUCCUCGUUCUCCAUUUCUUGUCCCCUUUCAUAGAGAGGAGUUCCCCUUUCCUCGUUCUCCAUUUCUUGUCCCCUUUCAUAGAGAGGAGUUCCCCUUUCCUCGUUCCCCAUUUCUUGUCCCCUUUCAUAGAGAGGAGUUCCUCUUUCCUCGUUCUCCAUUUCUUGUCCCCUUUCAUAGAGAGGAGUUCCCCUUUCCUCGUUCUCCAUUUCUUGUCCCCUUUCAUAGGGAGGAGUUCCUCUUUCCUCGUUCCCCAUUCCUCGUCCCCUUUCAUAGAGAGGAGUUCCCCUUUCCUCGUUCUCCAUUUCUUGUCCCCUUUCAUAGAGAGGAGUUCCCCUUUCCUCGUUCCCCAUUUCUUGUUCCCCUUUCAUAGGGAGGAGUUCCCCUUUCCUCGUUCUCCAUUUCUUAGAGGAGUUCCCUUUCCUCGUUCCCCAUUUCUUGUCCCCUUUCAUCGAGAGGAGUUCCUCUUUCCUCGUUCUCCAUUUCUUUGUCCCUUUCAUAGGAGGAGUUCCUCUUUCCUCGUUCUCCAUUUCUUGUCCCCUUUCAUAGAGAGGAGUUCCCCUUUCCUCGUUCCCCAUUCCUCGUCCCCUUUCAUAGAGAGGAGUUCCCCUUUCCUCGUUCCCCAUUUCUUGUCCCCUUUCAUAGAGAGGAGUUCCUCUUUCCUCGUUCCCCAUUUCUUGUUCCCUUUCAUAGAGAGGAGUUCCUCUUUCCUCGUUCCCCAUUUCUUGUCCCCUUUCAUAGAGAGGAGUUCCUCUUUCCUCGUUCCCCAUUUCUUGUCCCCUUUCAUAGAGAGGAGUUCCCCUUUCCUCGUUCCCCAUUUCUUGUUCCCUUUCAUAGAGAGGAGUUCCCCUUUCCUCAGAGGAGUUCCUCUUUCCUCGUUCCCCCAUUUCUUGUCCCCUUUCAUAGAAUGGAGUUCCCCCUUUCCUCCUUCCCCCCCAUUCCUCGUCCCCUUUCAUAGAGAGGAGUUCCCUUUCCUCGUUCCCCAUUUCUUGUUCCCCUUUCAUAGAGAGGAGUUCCUCUUUCCUCGUUCUCCAUUUCUUGUCCCCUUUCAUAGGGAGGAGUUCCCUUUCCUCGUUCUCCAUUUCUUGUCCCCUUUCAUAGGGAGGAGUUCCCCUUUCCUCAGAGGAUUUCCUUUUCCUCGUUCUCCAUUUCUUGUCCCCUUUCAUAGAGAGGGAGUUCCUCUUUCCUCGUUCCCCAUUUCUUGUCCCUUUCAUAGAGAGGAGUUCCCCUUUCCUCGUUCCCCAUUUCUUGUCCCUUUCAUAGAGAGGAGUCCCCCUUUCCUCGUUCUCCAUUUCUUGUCCCCUUUCAUAGGGAGGAGUUCCUCUUUCCUCGUUCCCCAUUUCUUGUCCCCUUUCAUAGAGAGGAGUUCCCUUUCCUCGUUCCCCAUUUCUUGUCCCUUUCAUAGAGAGGAGUUCCUCUUUCCUCGUUCUCCAUUUCUUGUCCCUUUCAUAGAGAGGAGUUCCUCCUCGUUCCUCGUUCCCCAUUUCUUGUCCCCUUUCAUAGAGAGGAGUUCCUCUUUCCUCAGAGGAGUUCCUUUUCCUCGUUCCCCAUUUCUUGUCCCCUUUCAUAGAGAGGAGUUCCUCUUUCCUCGUUCUCCAUUUCUUGUCCCCUUUCAUAGAGAGGGAGUUCCCUUUCCUCGUUCUCCAUUUCUUGUCCCCUUUCAUAGAGAGGAGUUCCUCUUUCCUCGUUCCCCAUUUCCUGUUCCCUUUCAUAGAGAGGGAGUUCCCCUUCCUCGUUCUCCAUUUCUUGUCCCCUUUCAUAGAGAGGAGUUCCUCUUCCUCGUUCUCCAUUUCUUGUCCCCUUUCAUAGAGAGGAGUUCCCCUUUCCUCGUUCUCUAUUUCUUGUCCCCUUUCAUAGAGAGGAGUUCCCCUUUCCUCGUUCCCCAUUCCUCGUCUUCUUUCAUAGAGAGGAGUCCCUUUCCUCGUUCUCCAUUUCUUGUCCCCUUUCAUAGAGAGGAGUUCCUUUUUUUCUCAGAGGAGAUCCCCUUUCCUCGUUCCCCAUUCCUCGUCCCUUUUCAUAGAGAGGAGUUCCCCUUUCUCGUUCUCCAUUUCUUGUCCCCUUUCAUAGAGAGGAGUUCCUCUUUCCUCGUUCCCCCAUUUCUUGUCCCUUUUCAUAGAGAGGAGUUCCCCUUUCCUCGUUCUCCAUUUCUUGUCCCCUUUCAUAGAGAGGAGUUCCCUUUCCUCAGAGGAGUUCCCUUUCCUCGUUCCCCAUUUCUUGUCCCCUUUCAUAGAGAGAGAGUUCCCUUUCCUCGUUCCCCAUUUCUGUUCCCUUUCAUAGAGAGGAGUUCCUCUUUCCUCGUUCCCCAUUUCUUGUCCCCUUUCAUAGAGAGGAGUUCCCUUCCUCGUUCUCCAUUUCUUGUUCCCUUUCAUAGAGAGGAGUUUCCCUUCCUCGUUCCCCAUUUCUUGUCCCCUUUCAUAGAGAGGAGUUCCCCUUUCCUCGUUCCCCAUUUCUUGUCCCCUUUCAUAGAGAGGAGUUCCCCUUUCCUCGUUCUCCAUUUCUUGUCCCCUUUCAUAGAGAGGAGUUCCCUUUUCCUCGUUCCCCAUUUCUUGUCCCCUUUCAUAGAGAGGAGUUCCCCCUUUCCUCAUUUCCCCUUUCAUUUCCUGUUCCCCAUUUCUUCCUUUCAUAGAGAGGAGUUCCCCUUUCCUCGUUCUCCAUUUCUUGUCCCCUUUCAUAGAGAGGAGUUCCCCUUUCCUCGUUCCCCAUUUCUUGUCCCCUUUCAUAGAGAGGAGUUCCCCUUUCCUCGUUCCCCAUUUCUUGUCCCCUUUCAUAGAGAGGAGUUCCCCUUUCCUCGUUCCCCAUUUUCGUCCCCUUUCAUAGAGAGGACUCCCACUUUCUUCGUUCUCCUUUCCGCGUCCCCUUUCUUAGAGAGGAGUCACCCUUUCCUCGUUCCCCAACCCUCGUCCCCUUUCAUCUAG